GCCACCUCUAUCCCGUGACGGCUGCCUGCCCCCGGGCUCCGUGCAGGCGCUCGGGGCUGGGUGCCGGCCAGCCCUGCCUGUGCCGGGCUCCUCCCUGCCCGCACUUCCUCCUGCCGCUGGCACCUCCCCAUGCCCCGGGCACAGCCGGGCUGACCGACCACCCUGCGGGGCUCCGGGGCUGCUGCCUCUCCUUGGGGCACCACUGCCUGCGCCGAGCAGCGCUGGGGCACCAGGGACACCUCCUCUGACCGGGUGACGAGCAGCGAGCCCCGGCUCCCCCGGACCUCCCCGCGGACCUCUGUGCCUCUUCACCACCUCCCCAGCAUGCGGACACCGACAGCGAUGAUCGUGGGGCUGGUCCUGUGCCCCUGCGGGCUCCUGCUGACGCUCACGGGCACACUGGCACCCAACUGGCGGCAGGUGAGCCUUAUACCCGACCAGCCCAUUGACCUCGUCACGGAGCAGGGCAUCUGGGACAUCUGCACGGAGCGGCAGAGCAGUCACAACCGCCUCUGCGGGCAAGCUGAUGAGCUGGGCUACUUCAAGGAGGUCCCUGUGCAGGUGGCCCAAGGGAUGAUGCCCUCCUCGAUGGUGCUCACUCUGGUGGGCUUGCUGGUGGCUGCCCUGGGGGUUCGCUGCUGGCAGGAGGAGCCACGGCACACGCUGGCUGGCGUGGCAGGGAUUGUGUUGCUCCUUUCAGGGCUGCUGAGCCUUGUGCCUGCCUCCUGGUACACCCAUGAGCUGUGGGUACUGCCCGCACCGGAGGGCAGCACACUGGUUGUAGGCUACAGCUUGGUGCUGAGCUACUUGGGAAGCUGCUUUGAGAUCUUGGGGGGGCUGGCCCUCGCCCUCAGCUUCCACCACUGCUGCAAGAAGCUCAGGGCCCCCAAACUGCCUUCCAGCCCUGUGCUGGAGGCUGAGCCAUGCCCCACCACUGGGGCUUACCGCAAUCCCUGGGAUGUGUUGGAGGACGAGCGACAUGGACAGCAGUGGAGGAGCACCCUGCCUUGUGACUCUGACUUGUAGCCCCAGCACAGGGACAGCAGUGGGCACCGUGCCUGCCUGGCACUGAGAGGAGCACUGGCUCCUGCCCCUCCAAGCCAUGCCCUUCUCUUGGGGUAGCUCAGAGCAGGCUGGAAACAAAACCAAGGACUUGGCUUGAGUCUCUGCAACUUUCUCAAAAGCCUGCUGUGCUCCAGGUCCCUCAACUGUGCCAGAGCUGUGCUGGGUUGAGGAUCAGCCCUGGCUGCAGUCUCUCCAUGAAGCUUUUAGCUCAUCCUCUUCCACUGUGCAGCAGCUUGGGCAAAGGUAGCUCCAGUGUUCCCACGUGACUGUUGUAAAUAAAGUUCAGUUAGCUGAAUUCUUUUAACUAUAUUCUUUUGUAUGAGUAGUUUUGCUUAGCAUGAGUAGCUAACAUUGCUGAAGCCUUAAGCUGCAAGCUGCAACCUAGAAAAGUUGAACUUGCCUUGAACUGUUGCUUAGUUAAGUGAAAGGAGUCCCUGAGACCAGUGCAAACUGGAAGAUAAGGAAGCCAUGACUAUCAGCAGGAGCUGUAACCUAUCCAGAUAAAAGCUGCUAACAACCUGCCUGGAGACAGAAGAAGAAUCCAAUAAGGAACAAGAAGCCUCCAGAACAAAAAUCACAGUUUGACCAAGAGGCAUGUGCAAGGCACAUGAAGAACAGGUACAUAGACUGUAAGGGUAUGAAAGCCCAGGGAUUUCAUUGUUCCGGGUCCCUCUCCAGAGGCACCCAGCUCAAGCUGUCCCUAUGGAUCUACCACUCAAUUAUUAAAUUAUUUUUCCCCUGGCAUUGGAUGUCUGACACUCUGCUGCAGGAAACUUAGGGCAAAGACCUUUCUUUAACAGGUUGGUGACCCAGAUGGGAUCCUAGGCCACCACCUCCACACCCUCUGGUCUCCAUCCAACUGUUGGCAUUGGGUGAAUUCUGCUCCUGGGAC